AAUGGCUGCGUUGAGAGUGUUCAGUCGUAAUAUACCAUAUUUACGACAACAAUUUUCAGCGCUAUUAGGAAAUACAUCACCGUCAGUCAAAUUUAUUUGUGUUGUUGUUGUAAUUGGCUAUGUGUUAUCAUUUUCCCGUGAUGUGGUUAAUGUUCUUAGUGUUACUCCAGGAUAUUUAUUGCCACCUUCUUUUCAAUUGUGGUCUACUUUCACGUUCUGGUUCCUUGAAAUACAUUUGUGGGAGGUGAUCAUAGACAUAAUAACUGUCGGUUUGUGUGGGAAACUAAUUGAACCAUUAUGGGGUCAAAUAGAAAUGAUGAAGUUUUUUGUGUUGACGAAUAUUGGUGUUGCAUUCCUCACAACAUUUUACUAUCUGAUGAUAUUUUCAUGGACGCAAGAAACAUCGUAUCUGUUCGAUAUUCACGUUCACGGCCUUGCAGGAUAUCUGGCAGCAGUAUGUGUUGCCGUAAAACAGAUAUUGCCAGACCAUUUGUUGAUAAAAACUCCGCUAGGGAAGCUUACAAAUAGAUCACUUCCACUGUUAUUGCUUUUAGUAGCGAUAUUAUUCUGGGCUGUAGGAGCAUUAGAGGGAACAUAUCCGUGUAUGUGGGGAAGUGGUACUUUACUAUCAUGGAUAUACUUGAGGUUCUGGCAAAAACACAGCAAUGGCUCCAGAGGAGAUAUGGCAGAGAAUUUUAGUUUCGAUAAUUUCUUUCCAACUGUACUUCAGCCUCUUGUCCGUGGUGUAAUUAGUCCGAUACAUAGAUGUUGUAUCAGAUUUGGAUUGUGCUCACAAAGUCCACGCAGAGUGCACCUAGCAUUGAGUCCUCGUGGUGUUACCAUUUCAAUGCCUGGUGUUGAACCACAAGAUAUGGAAAGGAGAAGGCAAAUUGCACUUAAGGCUUUAAGUGAGAGAUUAUCUAAGACAUCAGAGAUAACAAGACAAAAGAAUUUAUCGACAAAGGUCAAUAUGGAUACAGUCAGAAAGACGCAGUCACAUGUCAUUCCACAGUUCCCAAGUGAGCCGGAAAUUAUUCAAGCACCUACUGAAGCUACUUUAAUAGACAUCAGCUCAGAAAACCCACCAACUACAAAAACAUCAUGAUUGUAGUAAAUUAUAAUUUGAAUUGGUUGAGCUCACACAUUUUGUUUGUAAAGUGAUUAUUUCAAUGUGUUGUGGUAAAGAAAACUGUAAUAUAUAAUUUUAAUUAUUGGUGUAUGGUGAUAAUUUGAUUAUUUGAGACUGUCUCACUAUCAACUGUUACCUUUAAAAAUAUUACAGUUACAAAGUGGAAACAUUGUGUUUGGAAAAGAGGCCGUCCAUUUGCUGUGAAAAGAGGAGGAAAUUUUGUAAUCUGGCAAUAAUGGACUAAGUAAAGCGCGACCGCCACAAGCGAGUGAUAUUAUUGUUAUUCCGUCUACAUCUAUACUAAUAUUAUAAAGCUGCAGUGUUUGUUUGUGUUUUUGUUUGAACGCGCUAAUCUCUGGUACUACUGGUCCGAUUUGAAUGAUUCUUUCAGUGUUACCCAACACUGAAAGAAUCAUUGGAAUCAAAUGGACUACCCAGUCCAUUUAUCGAGGAAGGAAAAGGAAAGGAAAAUCAAAAUUAGGGAUCCGUAAUAAAAUUGCUAUUUUGUAACACAAGGUGUAAAAUCGAAAACCUAUUUUUGCGUGCGCUGCAAAAACUAUUGACAAUAGAACAAAAUGAUGUACAGGCUAUAAUAUAGGCAAUAAUUUAUUACUUAUAAAACUAUCGCGUGAAUUAUACUUUAUAUGGCAAAACAACGUUUGCCGGGUCAGCUAGUUUUUCUAUAAAGUAAUAGAAUGUGCCUCUACAUGGUGAUAUGGGUCGCUGAAUUCUCCGCUAGCUCCUCGACAACGCGAGGCUGUCGUUACCGAACACUCUUGCUGUGAGUGCUCUGUCAAAUGAACCCUUUAUUUCAAACCAAUUGUAUGUUUGUGAAUUUGCAAUAAAGCGGUAGUUCCGUAGCGAGUCUUCGCUACAGCAUUGAUAUGUUGAUUGGCGUUAUAGUCGCCUUGUUAAUAUUACUUGUUCAUGGUGAUAGCGUGUAGAUAUCACAACUGGUUACUUUAAGUGUUUAUUGACAUUUUUGUGUGUCAUUUGCGUGAUUGUGAAUUGAAUCAUUUUUAUAUAAUUGAUUGUAUAAAACUCUUAAGGUAACUUUUACAUGAUUAUUAUGAAGGAAAUAUAAUUACACUAAGAUAAAUUCUUUAUUUGGGUUUGUUUCACCAAAUAAGAUAAAAAUUGUUCAAAAACCCUUGAUACCGUAUUAUUGUCAACAUUAUUACAGUAGAGACUCAAUUAUGUGGAACUAAAUUACUGGCUAGUUUAAACUAAAGCUGUAAUCAUAUAAGUGAAAUUACUGGGCAAAUGAGACUUAACAUCUUGACUCUCAAGGUGACGACCGCAAUUGUGGUGCCACUCAGAAUUUUUGAUCAGAAAUGUACGUCCUGCUCAUCCCGUCCCUUAUUGACAUAAAAAAACGAUUUAUGAAAUUGAAAACAUUUUGCUUACAAAUUGACAGCAGGAUACGGUUGGUGCAGAAAAGACGCGAGUUUUGUCAUGUGGAAGCAUUUCAGGCUGCAACCGAUAUAUAACAUUAUUUCUGUUAAUAAGUAACAAUUAUUAUGAGAUAGUGAUGAUUGAAAGGGUGUGUAGUGUUUUCAGUGAUUAUUCAAGGUAAUUUAUAAUAAAGGCUAUGUAGUAGCCUACAUGUGUAUGUACUCUUUAAACAACUAAUAAUAAAGAUAAGCUUUUCUUCAAAUAUUUUCAAUUGUCCAGAUUUUCCGAUAUACAAAUGGCUCAAAAACAAUUAGACUGGUUAAUAGGUUCUACUGUACUAUGGAAUCUGAAAGAGUAUGAAAGCUUUGUAACUGUAAUAUAAGACUGUAUAGUUAUUUAUACUUCCAAGUUAUUUGUAAUAUAUUAUUAUAAUAAUAAUAUUUUGCAUUUGUUAACAUUAUAUGAAAAUAAUUGUAAAUAUCAUAAUUGUAAUAAUUAAUACCUAGUAUUUAAUAAAAUAUCUAUGAAUGAUUAA